AAAAUAGCAGCCCUUUUCAGCUGCCCGCCGGAGUCCUCCAGGGCGGAGCAGAGGGGACCCAAAUUCACGAGGGGAGCAAGAGAAAACCCACAGCGUGGGAGCCUGGAGAGCUUCUGGAGGUCUUGCCCCCUCAAGAAUCUAAGUUUGCUUUUGUUUUAGUUUUAGUUUUUGCUGUUUUUGUUGAGAAGCUGGAGUUUUCCAAUUUCUUAUUCUGUUUAAGAGUAAACCAGUGGAUUGAAGAUGAGGCUAAAUAUUGCCAUCUUUUUUGGGGCCCUCUUUGGAGCUUUAGGGGUUUUACUCUUUCUGGUGGCUUUUGGAUCAGAUUACUGGCUUCUUGCGACUGAGGUGGAGAGGUGCUCAGAUGAACAGCAUAUAGCAAAUAUCACCUUCUACCAUGAAGGAUUCUUCUGGAGAUGCUGGUUUAGCGGGGUCAUGGAGGAAAAUGAUUCCAGUACCUACAAGUUCUGGUAUACCAAUCAGCCACCGUUUAAGAACUGCACCCAUGCCUACCUGUCCCCGUACCCCUUCACGUGGGGCCAGCACAACUCCACUGCCUAUGACUCUGCAGUCAUUUACCGUGGCUUCUGGGCGGUGCUGAUGCUCCUCGGAGUGGUGGCCGUGGUGAGCGCCAGUUUCCUGAUCAUCUGCGCGGCUCCCUUCUCCAGCCACUUGCUCUACAAAGCUGGUGGGGGCUCCUACGUUGCUGCAGGGGUCCUGUUUGUUGCCGUGGUGCUGCUGUUUGUCAUCUGGGUCCAGCUGGUGGCUGACUUGGAGAGCUACCGGAUCGAGAAGCUGAAGGAUUGUCUGGAGUUCACCCCGUCCAUGCUCUUCGGCUGGUCUUUCUUCGUGGCCCCGGCAGGGAUAUUCUUUUCUCUGCUGGCCGGCUUGCUCUUUUUAGUGGUUGGACGGCACAUUCAGUUACACCACUAAACAAACUGAGGCCCGCGCAUUUUCUAGAAGGAUUUUAAAACACAGCCUAUUUUUUUUUUAAUUUUGUUUUAGAGAUAUGAGUAUGAAAUUAGUGGGUAUACCUUCCUACUUGGUUUUUGGAAUGAAGUCUUGCACCUGUGACGUCCUCUGAUGGUUACGUGUUAGAAUUUCUCCUGAACCUACAUGUUCCCAUCUUAUCUAAGUGCUAUUUCCCCAUUUCUCCAGGAAACAGUACCUUAGUUUCUCUUCAUGGCACAUUUUGGAGUCCAGGCAGGUUGUAAAGGCCCAGUAAUACCAGACCAUUACUUAAGGCAAAUCAAGAUAUGGUUUAAAGUUGCCUUUUUUGGCAUUUGAUUCUGCUGUUAAUUUAAAAACAAAAUCUUGGAGAAAAAUUAAGAACGAAAACAUGUUGCCUGAGGAUUUCUUUUAGUUCUCCUCUACUCACAUACCUACCCACAAAGGCAUUCAGUGACUCCUGUUAGCAAAUGAGUCACCCCUGAAACACAGACAACAGUUAUUCUUGUUAGCAGCAAUGACAGACGUCUAAGUUAACAUGGCCCUCAGUAAUAAGCCAAAAACGUGUAUUUUAUGUUUCCUUACCAACACUAAUUUGCUUGCCUAUUUCAUCCUCUUAAUUGUGCAUGUUCAAACAAACUUUAAACUACACUUAAAACUGGCAGAUCUGUAUGCCAAAUUUUACAUAAAACAAGUAUAGAUUUUAUAAAUUUAAAGUGGGUUCAUUAUAUAAUGUGAUAUGGCUGAAAAUAUGUAAAAAUCAAGCACCUCAAUUCAGGACAUAAUUCUAGCUGAUAUUUUGAAAUUCCCAUUUAAAAAUUAUAUUAAGGCGUUUGACAUGUGAAAAUUUCCUGAUGAACGGUGCUUUUAAGAUUCUCCACCUAUGAAGUUUUGAAAGACUUUCAUAUGAGGGUUAGAAUAGUCUUGCUUUUUGAAUAGACCAUAAAAUAUUAACUCUCUCCCAAGACUUUAUAGGUACUGGUUCUUCUGAUCAUUUUAUGUCUUUAACAAUUGGCCUUCAAUUGCUUCUUCUUUACAAUAGGCAUAUUAACAAUUACAGAUCUGCAAUUUCCUUUAACCUCCUAGAAGGGAAGAUUUUCUUUUUUAUCUUUUUGGCAAGGUAAAAUAAUUCUUUACUGUUCGCUAGCACAGACAUGUUACAAGAAAUUCCGCUGGCAUGAAUGGUGAUUGAAAUCAAGCCCAUCUAAGAGAUGGAGGUAUUUGUGUUCUGGAAGCUUCCAUCAUGGCAAAGGUUGUUGUCAGUGAAAGAAUGACAACUCAGCAGAAGGUACGAGUUUUGUUGGAGGCCCCUCUGUUUCUUUCGAGAGCUGGGGAAAAGGAAAGGCAGAACUCAGAGGCAGAGGUGGACCUCCCAGGGGCUCUGGCAGGAAGGCAGUGGCUUCCUGCCCACCUGUGUCCCCUGGGAAGCUCACCCAAACCUUCUUUAGGAACUUUCUCUUUAUCCUGAAGUGGAAGAGGCCCUAGAAGUGACUGCAGAAUUCUAAGAACAUUUUAUUGAUUGUUAAGGCUUAUUGGUAACAAUGAGAAGAAGAAUUUUCUAAAAGCUCCAGACUUUAGCUGGAUUCUUAAGUCAUUUCAGUGAUUAUCACAAAUGUUUUUGUUGUACUUUUCUUUUGUCUUCUUUGGUUUCAUUUUUAUAUUGCUUUAUUUACUUUUUUGCUUUUUCAGCUUGAUUAUCAGAAAAAAAUUCUGAUAGGUUCUGUUACGCAUUUGCACUGUGUUAGGCGGUCAUGGCAUGCUUAUAUGUGUUUGAUUAGUAGUGAUUUUCGUGUCAUCUGAAAAUGUAAUUCCUGUUCUUAGGACAUUGGAAUGGAACCUUUUCUGGAGUAUUUUAUGUCAUUUCAAUUUCAUAUACAAGUGCUUUGCUUUUAGUAAAGGUUUGAGUAUUUAUAAA